AUGAGACCCUCAUUACGUCUGACCCUUGUCGUUGCUGUGGCCCUGAUGGCUACUGCAGUUGUCUUUGCUCAGGAAGAGUCGCCCGCACCACAACCAUCACUGGCUCCUUCUCCAACUCCAGUUACACCCACUACUACUACGGGCCCUGGGGUCACAGCCGAACCACAACCAUCAGCAACGGCGCCUUUCUCUCCAAACAUGCCACCCAUCUAUCCAGCAGAGCCUCUCUCCACUAGGGAUAGCCCUUCUUUCCCCGAUCCAGAAUACGUCAAGCUGUUAGACUACAUGUUUCUGUUCUACGAGGCACAACGGUCAGGAAAACUACCUGCGGAUCAACGCGUUACUUGGCGUAAUGACUCGGCCCUGAAUGACGGCAAGGAUUCCGGCGUGGAUCUCUCUGGAGGAUAUUACGACGCGGGGGAUUACAUGAAGUUCAUCUUCCCAUUAACGUUUACAAUGACAGAGACAUGCUGGGGCGCAUUGGAGUUCUGGGACGGAUACCAACUCGCCAACCAAACACAUUACCUUGACCAGAUGGUUCGCUGGGGCAUGGACUGGCUGAUCAAGGCACAUCCCAACGAUAACACGCUCUAUGUCCAAGUCGGAUUAAACGAAGUCGACAACAACUACUGGGGUCCCGAUUCCGGUAUCCCUCUGCCCCGUACUUCAUUCAAGGUCACCAACACCAGCCCAGGAACAGACGUCAUGGCUGAUGCUGCCGCCGCAUUCGCGGCCUGCUCCAUGCUCUAUCGCGACAAACUCAAAGACACCACCUACGCCACCACACUCCAGACCCAUGCGACGUCGCUUUUCAACGUCGCAGAGACGGCUCGACCUCAACAGGCUUAUCAAAAGGUUGUACCUGCUGUCACAUGCUGCUAUGAAUCCUCGGGAUUCAUAGAUGAGCUAGCCUGGGGCGCCGCGUGGAUGUACAAGCUGACACAGGAUGCGUCUUUUGCGACUAAGGCUGACAACUAUAUCAGCCAACUCAACGCUGGCUCCGUCCAGAUCAACACCAUCACAUGGGACGACAAGUCGUCAAUGGUUUAUGUCCUCAUGGCCGGUGCGACCCCUCCAGCUCUUCGGACGAAGUGGCAAGGGUUUGCCCAAAAAUAUGCCGACUCUGUUGCCGCUGCCGACAAGCCCAACAUGUUUACUGAAGGUGGGCUCUUUUACUCCAACGGCAACUCUCAACAGGACUCGUCGGUGGUGGCAGCCAACGCUGCGUUUGCUCUUCAGAUCUUGGCCAACAACAUGAACGCAACAGGCAACAGCGAUCGGGACCGGAUUGAGAAGUACUCAAAGUUUGCUUUGAGCCAAGUCGAGUACCUGUUGGGCGAGAACCCGGAGAGGACGCCCUAUGUUGUCGGCGUUCACCCCAACUCGCCUGCCAACCCUCACUCUGCCCCUGCCUCGGGCGGUACCGACAUUAACAACAUCAACACCUCUCCCAGUGUGGAACGCUGGACGCUUUACGGUGCUCUUGUUGGAGGACCCGACAAGAAUGAUCGUUUCCUGGAUGAGCGUGACAAAUGGGAGCAAAGCGAGGCAUGUGUUGCAUUGGUGUUUUCGGAGGUCGCAUUGGAUUAUAAUGCACCUUUCCAAGGGUUGAUGGCCCACAUGGUCUCGACAGCUACGUCCUCUCCUCCCUAUGUGACCAUCGUCGCUGGUCGUCCUGACCUGCCACCAAUCUUGAACGGCAUGGCUGUCUGGCAGAUCAUCCUCAUUGUUGUCGGCUCGAUUUUUGUCGCGGUCGCCAUCGGAGCCUUCGUGUGUUAUCGGAAGCGGGACCAAAUCCGAGCCUGGGCUGCUGCCCGGAAACAACGGUCGGCAGAGAAGAGCAUGCCCAAGUAUGUCGUCAAGCGAUCUGCUCCCCCAAGGAAUCGUAACGAUAGAGAUGUUGAGGCCUUGGAGGUUGGUCACGGUCAAGGUCAACCUACUCUUCUUCAGGAUGUUCACCGCGCUACGUAG